CGAUAGGCUAGCAUUAGCAUAGUCACAGUUAUCUGUCAGCAAACACCUGUCAACAAAAAAACAAGGUUUAAAAUUGUAAAUUACAAAAUGCAUAAUCAGUGCGUUGUGUCGAACUGCACAAGCGGAAAAUCUGACCCUCAGUAUCUCUUCAGAUUCCCCCGCGACCCAGAAAGGUGCAAGAAAUGGGUGGAGAAAUGCCAGCGGCAAGAUCUCGCAGAUAAACCACCAGACCAGUUGUACAGAUACUACAGACUUUGUGGAAAACACUUUGAUACCUCUGCAUUUGACAGUGAUGCCCAGAGUAAAGUGUUGAAGGAUGAUGCCAUACCGACUAUCUUUGAUUUGACAAACCAGCCACAAAACGGACAAGGAAAGCGUGGUAAAGAGACGACCAAAAAUGAAGAAAAAGAAAGUAAAGGAAGAAAAAAGAUGAAAAAGUCUCCAGCAGAACCAGCCAAAGAUGACGUCCAGACAGCGCCAGAAGAAGAUCCAUACAAAGAAUAUCUGAAGUCACUGUUUGAAGUUCUUCUACUAUUGGGAGCACAAAAUAUUCCUCCAACAGGACCGAGGGAUGAUAAGCAGGACAACCUCAAGUCAAGCAACUUCCAGGCAUUGUUAGAUUAUCGCAUGAAUAGUGGAGAUGAAGUCCUAAAGAAGAUGUGUGGUGAGAACACGGAGGGUUUCUCCACAGAGCGACUGAACCAGUUGAUCGAGGUCUGUGAGAAAUCCAUCCGCGGUGAGCUGGUGAAAGAAAUCAACCAAAACGGCUUUUUCUCGUUGCUUACUGAUGAUUUGGUGAAGAUCUCCGGUGAAUGGUUCCUCCCUGUGUUUCUGCGUUUUAUGGAUCAGUCAAACUGCCAGCGAGAGAGGUUUCUUGGAUUCUUGUCCUUUGAAGGAAACGGAGACGCCUUGGCAGAGAAACUAUUAUCAGAAAUAACUGACACAUGGGGUUUGAACAUGGAUCAGUGCAGAGGUCAGGCCCACGCCAGCUCCAGGGUGCAUUUUAUUAAAAUCAAAGCAUUCGCUGCUAAAAUAACCGAGAAGUAUCCAGCAGCGGGGCUGACCCUAAAAUCCACUGAGACCUUGAACGUGUCCCUGGCCAAUGGCAUAGCUCUGUCUGGAGUUCAACUCGUCAUGUCCACCUUCAAGAAGAUCGAAUCAUUCUUCAAAAACACCCCGUUAUUGCAGGUGGAGUUGGAGCAUGCCAUCUCCAUCUUCUAUCCAGAUAAAGAGGAGAAAGCCAAUGAGCUGAAGGAGAUCUGCCGCACCAGCUGGACCAGAGGAAACAAUGCAUUCGAGGUCGCAGUAGAAAUAUUAGAGGCGAUGCUGCUCUGCGUGGACAGCGUUCAUGACAACGAAGAUAUGAGGUGGAGCGACCAAGCUGCACACGACGCCUUGGAGAUUUCAAAAGCUCUGACUGAUUUUGAGUUUGUCAUAGCGUUGGUUGUGCUGAAAAACACCAUGACACUCACUCGGGCCUUUGGAAAAAACAUCCAAGGGAGCACAGCAGACCUUCAUUUCGCCGCAAGCAGUUUAAAAGCCGUCGCGCACUCGCUGAAGGAAGUGUCCGACAACAUCGACGUGUACCACGAGUUCUGGUACGAUGAAGCCAUUAAUCUCGUCGCCGCACUGGAGAUCCCAGUCAAGGUUCCCCGGUCGUUUGUGAGGAAGCAUCACACCGAGUCCUUGUCCAUUCUGCCGGAGAGUUACUACAAGGAGCACCUGACCGUCCCAGUGGUGAACCACGUCAUCCGAGAAAUGAACGAGCUCUUCAGCGACGACAGCCUGAAGGCUCUGCGAUGUCUGGGGCUGGUCCCGGCCAUCAUAGAGCACUACAAGACCACCGAGCCCGAAGAGGACAGCGUCCAGGUGUUCAAGAAUGACAUCCCCAACGCAGGAACCCUCUCUGCCGAGCUGCACUGCUGGUGGGUGAAGUGGAGCAAAAAGGGCAAAGGUGAGAGUCUGCCUUCGACUCUGGGUGAAACGCUGCAGCUCGCCGACGUUAAAUUCUUCCCCAACGUGCUGGCGGUGCUCAGACUGAUCGGCAUCGUGCCGACGUUGGCUCUGGAGGACAACUCAGAUGUAGCAUACAAGAGUUUCAAGACGUACAUGGAGAACACGCCGGAUAAGUUUAAGUCAAAAACAAUCGCGCUUCUGAACAUAAACUCUGACGUUGGGUGUGACCUGGAUUCAAUGGUGGAGCUGUACAUGAACACGUACCCGGAGAGGGACCAGGGUCAGGGUCAGUCAUCAUGAGGACACUGGGACUCAGGAUCAGAUGAUUCUUAUUUUGACCCAGUAGUUUGUAGACUUUGUCUUGUUUUUUUGGUAUGAAAUGUAAAUUAAUAAAGCUAAAUGAGUCGUCACUUCAGUAGUUACCAUCAGACCCCAGUGACCUUUGUUUUUUGAUGUGUUUUUUAAUACAGUCAUGAUAUUGCAUUUGUUUUAUUAGGAAUAGACCAAUUAUCAAUUUCAGCAGAACUUGACCAAUGGCUAAUAGAUGUAUAAUGGACCUGAUAACAGACAAAAAUGAAAAUAAAAGGUUCAUAAAUAUAAAUUGAUUUCACCCAAAUUAGGCUCAAUUUUAGUUCAACAUUUUUCCAUUUACAGCGGUUUAGAUUUUUCUUCAGGUAGGAGGAUUAAAUGACUGUUUCGUACCAUAUUCUCAUUAAGCUUUAAAAAUUCACCCUGGGUCAGAUGAUGUUUUGAUUUUCACAAUGGACAGGAGGCCUGAUUUCUGGUCUGUUUUCACUUAUAGUUUUUGUAUAAGUAGAUAGUUGAUGUAAGUAUUUGACAUUUCAAUUCAUUAAACUGUAAAACCACCA